GAAGACGAGACACAUAGUACAUAUGGUCAAUGGUUGGGAUGGUUCAUGGCUGCUAUCUAUAUAAGUGGUCGGUUUCCUCAAAUAUGGUUGAACAUUAAAAGAGGCAGUGUGGAGUAUUCUUGUGAGGACUACAGAAUUGGAAAGUAUCAAAGCUAA